AUGCUUUUACCAGGACCUCGUACCACAUAUUCCUCUCCGUCCAACGUUGGAAAUAAGAUGACGUCUUAUGCUACGGCAGACUACCCCGCUGACACAAAAGGUCGGUUUGAUUCAGAGGUCUCAUCUACUGACCAGCUGCUGCGUAGGAGUUCCCUUCGCUAUCCUCCACUUUCCCCUCCAUCCUCUCAGCUCGACCGACGGUCCACUGUCCCAGGUAGUAAAGGUCACGCCAUUCUACAGAGUAGAAGCAAUCGAAUCACCGAAAACCGUUGGAGUAAGCUCGUCGGUUUGUUCAGUCGUACUGAUCCUCGUCCCACAGAUAACCGUACUCCCAACCAACCCCACGUCAAGAGCACGGAGUCGCAGACGGUGCGCAAGACCGAGGUCUUACCAGAAGGUAAUCUCGCGGGCGUUUCUGGUGUCAAGUUUUGCGGUGUCUAUGCUACGGAGGAAGAUCGUGUGGCCGCAGCUGAGGGUCUACUACGACUCGCCAUGGAUGAUGCUCUACCCAGAUUGUCGCCCCUCAGCCAGGUAAUUGACGACUGUCUCAGUCAUAUCACAGACGAGGGCGGAAACAGGGUGGAGUCCUACGACUGGCUAGAAGCUGGACUUGACCAAUCAAGCAUUUUUUCCCAGGAGGAUGAAGAUGAUGACGCAGACACCGUCGUUUCUGGCGACUGCAUGGAGCUUGAACGCUCGCCAACUCUGAUCAAUGAGUCUCUCUCGAGCAUUAAACCGCCUAGAACUGUUAAGGUGUCUCACUCACGCGAAUACCCCUCGUGGAUUCAUCUUGAUUAUGACCGGGGAGCUGCUCCUCCGACCCCCCGUAUCCCUGACAGUCCUUGUUUUGAAUUCGCAGUGCCUGAGCCUAAGCCAGCUGAGACCAUGAUUCCCUCUUCGAAUGCUAUUGAUGGGCUGCUGGGUAGAAUCGAUGAUAAAGGGACCUAUCCGGGACUUGGCAUCGAUUCGGGGGAUACUGCCAACGCAUCUACGCUACGCCCUUCUUUCGUUCUCCCUCCUGACACUGACCCGCUUGGUGCACGCCUCGAAAGAACUGAACAACAAUUCGUAUCCUCCGAGCAGUCGCCGACAAGCCAAAAUGUAUUUGUUGCCAUGAGUACUCCGCGCAUACCACUAGUUACCAUUACGGAGGAGAUAUACGUGCGGCGCAACGUCUCGUCCAUGGUUAUGGGCCACUACGAAGGCAAGGAGAACCUGCCUGCUCCCAUUAAAGGAUCCAAGAAGAUGUCGCGACUAGAUGAGGAAAGUCAUACCGUUGAUGACUUAUCAUCAAUAUGCUCCCCGCUCAAGAGCCUUCCAUCCGUAGACUAUGGGUGUUACAACGGGACCAAUGAAGAAGAGAGCGAGUUUAACGCCGAAGAUAGCACCCCUCGCCCGUUGCAGGUUCCGUUUUCUCAGGCGCAAACACCUCUAGCCACUGCAGCUAGCGAUGAUGAUGAUACCCCACGGCCUUUACGGAACGUCGAUUCCAGCGGAUUCUCAGCGGUUCUCAAAUCAACAGUAAAGUCAUCCGACGAGGAUGCCGUCACGGGAGGAUACCUUGACUGGUCUUGGGCGUCAACAGAAGCGGAAUCCACUGCGGACUUACAGCAAAAUACUAAACAAGAUAUCACCCUCACGUCAUACGGCUGCGCUAUGUUCGCCGCCAAACUGUUCCUUCUGUUAUUUCAAUUCUUGCUUGCGUUUUUUCUGCCAGAUUUCUACGGUCAGGUUGUAGGUGUGGGGCUUCGCCUGCAGACCACCCUUAGAGGCAAUCCGUAAUCUGUUUUCUUUCCAUUGGUCAUCGUGCUUGUAUAUGUUCUUUCACUAGAUGUGGUUGGCGAUUCUAUUUUUCUCGAACCCGCGUGUAUACUCUAUAUACCCACCGUGUCGCCGCCACGCUAAUCUAUACCUUCCUAAUGGACUAUCUACACACGCUGUGUCCGUUUAUCUUCUUUAUCACGCCCGUUACCUUCUCCGGCCGACUAUCCCUGUCGCUAUUUUACCGAAUAAA